CAACUUCAUUUUGGAAAAAAGUUGUAUUGUGCGUGUAUGUCUCAAAAAAAUGGCGAAUGAUAAAUUUCUGUUCAUUGUUUGAUUAUAUAGCACAAUCUUUAGCAACAAUUUAGCAACUGUGUCUAUUUGUUUGUGUAUUUGUGUUGAAAACCUUCCGAGGAAUGGCUGACGCCUUGGUAGAGCGGAGGCCCCCCGCUCGCUUCUUUUGCCACAGGUGUAACGUUGAAUUUGAAGAUGUUUUGCAGGAUUAUACAUGCCCAUACUGCGCGAGCGGCUUCAUCGAGCAACUGGAGAACGAGGCGGAAGCGCCGGCGUCGGGCGACGAUUUCAGCGACGCUGAUAUGAGCAACCUCGAUGAUAUGAGCACCAUUGACGAGAUGAGCAAUCUCGAUGACUCAGACGACAUGCAUCAGAGUACACCGCCAAUGUUGAACGAUUUAGCAUUUCUUAUGUCAGGAGGCCGGCUACGUGGUGCUGGGCGGCGGGAGACAUUGAUGGAACAGCUGGUGUGGAUGAUAGGAGGCGCGCGGCCCGGCACUGGCGCGGUCGCCGCCGGUGCGCCUUUCGUGCUCGUGGGUGCACCCGGCGACUACGUCUUUGGCGGAGAGGGUCUAGACGCGGUGGUGACGCAGCUACUAGGACAAUUGGAGAAUGCGGGCCCGCCGCCGCUGCCGCGGGACCAGAUCGCCGCCAUUCCCAACGAACCCGUCACCGCCGAGCAGGCCGCUACUAACACUUCUUGCUCCGUAUGCUGGGAGGCUUUCACAAUCGGCGAGACGAUAUCGCGGCUAGACUGCGGGCACAUCUUCCACUCGACGUGCAUCUCGCCGUGGCUGCAGCUGCACGCCACGUGCCCCAUCUGCCGGCGCUCGCUGCUGCCGGCCGCGCCCGCCGACGCCGAGCCGCCGCCCAGCGACUCGUCCGCGCCCUCCGACACCUCCACCAGUACGUAUUCCGCCUUCGCUCCUCGACGAUUCGAGCCGGUUUUUGGUUGCGGAAUAUUAUGGCCCUUAUUUCGUCUCUACUUCUGGUUGCACACUCGAUGGACGUCACUGACCCCGCAUCGAUCGACCUCGGCACGCGGCGGCUCGGUCCGAGGGGGCCGGCGCGGGCGAUCAGUUUGGCGGUUGGUUGCAGCGUCGCUGGCGCGCGCGGUGCUGCGCGGCGCGGGCGAGCCGGCGCGGCGGCCGCGGCGCUGGGCGGGCGCGUCCAGCUCGUCGUCGUCGGCGUUCUCGGCGGCGACGGGCGCGCCGCGCUCCAGCUCGUCGUCCAGCUCGUCCACGUCGUCGCUGGACUCGGCGCGCAGCAGCGAGCGCGACGCCGACGCCAGCCCGCACUCGCGGUACAACAUGGACAUCGACUUCGACUAGCCGCCGCAGUGCCCGUGCCGAGUGAGUGACAGUGAGUGCCAGUGCGGACGGUCCCGCGCCCACGCGCGAAUCCGAGGGUCCCGCGGCGCCGAGGCCUCGACUAAAUUCCCGUUUCCGUUGCGAAAUUCUAGUGAAUCGGAAGGAGCGAUCGCGCUCCCGGCGUCGUGUCCGAGUUUUCAAUUAGUCAUUUAUAUCGACGAAGAUAAGAGUGUGGUUCACCGGCGAGGCAUACACGAGUAUCCCGCCGAAGCGCGCGCGGACACUGCACCCCGUGAAAUGCACCUACCGGGUUGCCUAGAUAUUGUUGCGAUUGUCCCUCGUCCCAGGAGCAAGACGUCGAAGUCGUGUGCCUUUGAUUUAUUACAACGUACAACGUUAGUGUACUUCAACAACACUAAAUUUCUGUGUGAAUUCAAGCUCUUCGGCCCGGUGUGUUGCCAACCAUCAAUGACGCUCUAAACACGAUUUAAUUAUGUAAGUGAUCAUUCAUCACCAUUUGAAUUUGAUUUGAUAGGCAAAUAAUUCUCAUUCUGCAAUUUACAUGUCAUGUCAUCUUGCUGAGCGCCAUUUUUGCACUAAGCGAGCACACCGGGCCUUGCAAAACGUUACUCCUAUAAUAUUCUUUGAUGUAAAUUUUGUAAAUAUCUGUUAGUGAUAUAAGUAUCAGUUACUGAUAUUUUUGGGCUACCUAAUAAUUAGUCCAAAUAUUUAGACAUGAAUGGAGUGAAGUUCACUUUUACGCC